AUGCGACAUUUCGAAGAAGGGUCCCAUUCUGUGUAUGCAAUGUUUCUGAACAACAAGGGACGAGUUUUGUUUGACACGUUAAUUCACAAAUGGGAUGAUGAACACUCUUUCAUGUUGGAAUGUGAUAGUAAAAUCAUCAGUUCAUUAGAAAAACAUUUGAAAGUAUUUAAGUUAAGACGAAAAGUUUCUAUUGAAGAUGUAAAUAAAAACUACAAAUUAUGGGCUUUUAUAACUCCAUCAGACACAGUUUUUGAUGAAAAUGUAAAUCCUAAGAAUGAAGUGAACAUGUUUAAAGACCCUAGAUUGAAUGAUCUUGGAUACAGGUUAAUAUCUGCACCCUCUCUAUCCGAGAUUCAUAUAGCAUCUACUUUGGGCAAAGAUGUUACAAUUGAUAGUGAAGAUGGUUAUAAAUAUUUAAGAUAUAAACUAGGUGUCAGUGAAGGUUCUGAAGACCUACCACCUGGGACAAGCUUUCCCCUAGAAGUAAACUGUGACUAUUUACAUGGUAGCCUAUUAAACCAGAUUGGUGGCCUCUUGAAGCGCCUAAAGAAAUUACAAAGAAUGAAUAGAACUGUUCAAAUGCAUCAUUCAAAAGAUCUGAACUUAUGUGAUAGAAAUGGAUACUAA